GUUCCUGCGACGAUGAAUGAACAGAAACAGAAAGUUGUUGUUGCUGUUCUGUUGUAAACUGUCAGUUUAAUAUUAUAUUGUUUAUUAAUUUCUUAUCGUUACGAGGGUCGAUGUAUAAAAUUCAGAACACUUUAUUUUCGUCUACAUUCAAAUAUGAACAAAAAGCGAAAAAGAAAUUCAGAGUCGACAAUUAUAGAGAGUUUUAAAAAUCGAGAAAAUAAACAUUAUAAUAGAUCAUGGAAACACAUGUACGCACCCAAUUUGGAUAAUGCUCUAAUAAAAUGGUUUCAACAAAGAAGAGAUAUUCAUCCAUUAUCCCGUACAAUUAUUCGAGAAAAAGCAAUAUUAUUUAAUAAAAUGCUGAAUGGUCCUCCCGAUUUUAAAGCGAGCUACGGUUGGCUGGAUAAAUUUAAAAAAAGAAAUGGUAUUCAACUUUUUGAAAUAAAAGGCAAAUUAAACAAUUCGGAAAAUGCAAAACACUUUUCUAUGUAUUUAAGAGAUAAAAUUGCUUCUGAAAAUUUAUCAUUAGAAAAUGUGUACAAUGCCGAUGAAUCGGGAAUUUAUUGGAGGACAUUGGUGUCUUGUAUUCUAUCUCAUGAAAAGGAAAGAGAAUUUUGUCACGAUAUUUUAGAAGCCAAAGAUAUAAUAAAAGAUCGUGUAACAACUUUAUUUUGUGCCAAUGCCACUGGAAAUAAUCAAAUUCCACUAUUACUAAUUGGAAAAGAAGAAACACCUGAAUGUUUAAAAGAUUUAUCAUUGAAAACUGAAAAUGCUAGAUGUUUUAAAAUGAUAAAAAAUAUUGAUGUUUUUUAUACAAAUCAAAGUAGUGCAUGGAUGGAUAAAAUUAUAUUCAAGCAAUGGUACAAGGAGAUUUUCAUUCCACAUGCCUUAGAAUUUCAACGUAAAUCGGGAACAAAAGGGAAAAUUCUUCUAAUUCUUGACAAUGCACCAUGUCAUCCAUCGCGCGAUGAAUUAAAUGCAAUUAAUAAGAAUAUUCAAGUUAUCUAUUUACAUCCCAACGUAACUGCCACAAUUCAACCAAUGUAUCAAUUAAUAUCAUUCACAAAAAAAUAUUAUAAACAAAAUUUGUUAAAGCGCCUAUUAUCAUUUGCCAAUAGUGUAGACGGUGUCGAUGAAUUUUUACGAAUUUUCAAUUAUCGUGAUUGUUUUGAACUUUUGAAUAUUGCAUGGAAUACACAACAAUUUUCAACUCUGCAAAAUGUUUGGAAAUGCAUUUUGGGUGAUUCUUAUCAAACAGAUGAGAAUAAUAUCUCAACUAAUAUUGAGGAUACAUGGAAAUUACCCAAUGAAAUUACCAAUGAAUUGUUUCAAAUUUUAUAUGGUUCAAAUUUCACAGUUAAUGUACUUAAAGAGAUUUGUCUAAAUUGGUAUAAAUCAAAAGAUGAUGAUUGUGGCUGGGAGCCAUUGUCGGACAAUGAUAUUUUAAAUUUUGUUAUUAAUAAAAACGAAACGAUAAAUAUGAGUGAUGAAUUUGUAAAUAGUGAGAGAUUGUCAAACAGUGAUAUUAAAAAUUUUAAUAUUAGAAAUAAAAAAAAGAAGACGAAAAUAAUAAAGGAAAAUAGUGACAGUGAUUUAUCAUCGUCAAGCAGUGAUGUCGUGCGAUUUAAUGACACAAUUGAAAUAGAGAGUGUGAUAAUAAAAGAAGAAAUCAUUUUGGAUUCAGAUACGAUUUUCGAAUCGUAAUAUUUUUAAAUUGUAAUUAAUUUUUCAUCUUAUUUAUGCGUACAACUUGAAAAUAUAUUUAUAUUUAUAUUUAAAUAACAAGAAAAUAAAAUAUUUCACAUUCCAUGUGAAAAUGAUUUAAA